GUGAACCUGACAGCAAUGUAUUGGCUGCAUUAUCGCAUCAGACGAAAUCAUUUAACAGUCCUCUUCCCGUUUUAAAGUCAUUCCAUGCUCCUCUGAGAUGGAACUAUUGUCAGAUGAGAAAUCUUCACAUUCAGGCGAUCCUGGUAUGCAUCCUCUGGCACCUGUUUUGGAUAUGACAGAUGAUCCUAUGAAGUUAUUAAAUGCCCAUCCAACUACAUCCCAUCACUAUCAGAGUCUCGGCCGUUCUAUGUUUUUGAAGCGCUCACGACAUUACUAUGGUCACCAGUACUCUCGACGUAACUCUGCAAAUCAUGCCAAUGCAUCGUCUUCUUGUGGAAAGAACACUUCUUCGUAUGAUGAGAAGCUUUCUUUUAAGUUGGCUUCUCAAUCUAAGUCAGAAUCCAAACGUCACGCAGAAUUCAGAGACAAGAUAUUUUCCCGGCCAGAGAGAAUCCGGUCGAGUUCCUUAGCUGCAGACGCAGUAUCCUCUGAUGCAGUCAAGAUGGUAUGUGGGUUUGUCAGAAGCCAUUAAAACGAAAAAAUUUCUUGCACGGGAAUCCUUUAUCUUCUUCCUACGACCAUUCUUCAAUUGUGGCAGUCCUGGUUUGUGGCCAUGCUUAUCAUGCAGAGUGCUUGGAUCAGAAAACCAGCUUUGAAGAAAGACGUGACCCUCCAUGCCCUGUGUGUGGGUCUACUUUUGCAGGAUGAUGACUUCAAAACUUGUUACUGAUCAUGAACAAGGUGAAAGAGUAGAGUUCUCUGCAAGAUCAUGACAUGAAAACUAGUUCUUAGUUGGGGAGCAGCCAGAGUUGCCUCACUUUAACCCGAGGAUAUAUCGGGGAUCUAGACUAAUCCGAGUCAUUGAUUUAUCGGGGAUCGGAGAUCUAGACUAAUCCGUGUCAUUGAUUUAUCGGGGAUCUAGACUAAUCCAGAUCAAGACACAAAAAGUAGUUGGUAUUGCUUGAAAUGGAAUUUGAGCGGUAGGAUAUGCAGUAUAGGGGUUUUAGUACGUUAGGGUCUGUAUUAUUGAGUUGGUGGCGCUUUGUGUAAAGAGAGAAAUAUUAGAUGGCAACUUAUGCUUCGCUUUGACGUGUUUUGAGAGUUGAGACUGAUACAAUGCAGUUGCUGGAGAUUUAUCAGAAUUCCAAUGACUGCCUAAUAAAAAUGCUAGCUUUUAUCUUUAA